AUGCGGCGGGGCGCGCUCUUGGCGGGUGCCCUGGCCGCCUAUGCUGCGUAUUUGGGGCUGGGCGCGCUGCUGGUGGCCCGGCUGGAGGGGCCACACGAGGCUCGGCUCCGCGCGGAGCUGGAGAUGCUGCGGGAGCAGCUGCUGCGGCGAAGUCCGUGCGUGGCCGCGCCUGCCCUGGACGCCUUCGUGGAGCGCGUGCUGGCGGCAGGGCGGCUGGGGCGCGCUGCUCUCGCCAACGCUUCGGGGCCCGCUAACGCCUCAGACCCCGCCUGGGACUUUGCCUCUGCUCUCUUCUUCACCAGCACACUGGUCACCACCGUGGGCUAUGGGUACACAACGCCACUGACUGACGCGGGCAAGGCCUUUUCCAUUGCCUUUGCACUCCUCGGCGUUCCAGCCACCAUGUUGCUGCUGACGGCCUCCGCCCAGCACCUGUCGCUGCUGCUGACCCAUGCACCCCUGUCCUGGCUGAGCACGCACUGGGGUUGGGACUCCCGGCGGGCAGCCCGCUGGCACCUGGUGGUUCUGCUGGCGAUUGUGGUGACCAUCUGCUUCCUGGUGCCAGCUGCAGUCUUUGCCCACCUUGAGGAGGCCUGGAGCUUCCUCGAUGCCUUCUACUUCUGCUUCAUCUCUCUGUCUACCAUUGGCCUGGGUGACUAUGUGCCUGGGGAAGCCCCUGGCCAGCCCUAUCGGGCCCUCUACAAGGUGCUAGUCACAGGCUACCUCUUCCUGGGCCUGGUCAUCAUGGUUCUGGUGCUGCAGACUGUCCGCCACGUGUCUGACCUUCACGGACUCACAGAGCUCAUCCUGCUGCCCAGUCCAUGCCCUGCCAGUGUCAGUGAGGAUGAGGACGAUCGGGUGGACAUUCUGGGCCCCCAGUCAGAAGCACACCAGCAACUCACCACCGGCUCCCACACCAACUAUGCCUCUAUCCCCAGGUAGCUGGGACAGGCACCUUGAGGCUGGAUGGCUGAGGGGCCACAUGACAAGCUAAUGUACUAGACUGCACUGGGUGCAUGCCAGUGCUUGUGAGUGCCCUGCCACCAACCGUUCAUUGUCUGUCGUACCUGUCCUGGGCUCUCCCAGCACCUGCAUUGCCUUAUUCUCCUGGCCCCUUCUCUCAUCUCCCUCACAUUCUGUGCCUCUUUGGCUUUCUUACUGUUCCUGUCUUUCCCUCUCACUGACUCAUUGUUUCUCACUCUUUUAUUCCAUCUGCUUCUCUCAGCAACUUACUAUCUAUAAUUCUCUCAGCAAUUUACUGUCUACGGUUCUACCAGACUCUGGGCUCAGACCUCAUUUCUAGCACUAGAUCAAUUGGUUACUACACUGUGGACAGCUCUCUCUGAGACUUGAUUUCCUCAUCUGUCAAGUGGAAAGAAUAUAGGGCGGGGCAAAAGUAGGUUUACAGUUGUAUAGAAAAUACAAUGAAUAAAUAAUAAUACAAGAAUAAACUCUUUUGUGUUUUCACAAUAGUAAACCUACUUUUGUCCCACCUGUACAUUAAUUCAUCUCAGACUGUCUCUUCUAUGCUGGGUAGUAGUAGACACACAGUAAUGGUCAAGGUUGGUCAAGGCUGCAUCCUGCUCUAGAAACAGAAUCCCUGUCUGGAUCAAAAUGGCACAGGAGGCACUGCUCUUAGCCACAACAUAAUUGUAUCAGCUAUCCCCAUUUACCAAGCACAAAGUGCAUAUUGUGUGGGCUCCGGAGGCAGCCUGCUUGGGCUCAAAUCCCAACUCGGUUGCAUACUGCCCGUCUCCUUGGGCAAUCAUUUUCCUUGAGAUUCUCAGGUCCCUUAUCUGUAAAAUGGCAAUAAUAAUAGUACUCACUUCACAAGAUGACUUCACAGAUCUUGCCAUGUUAUUUGGUGAUGCUUUCUUUAGCCAGGCCUGUUCUGGGUACUUUACAUAUGAGGAAGACAAUAUUGUCAUCCCCUUUCCACAGAGGAGGAAACAGAGGCAUGGGCAGGGGAGGUCCCUUGUCUUAGACACAGAGCUAGGAGGUGAUUUUCGGUUUACUCCCCCCAGAUUUGCCCCCUCCAAAAAUGGUAUAUCAGUAAUAGCACUUACUGCCAAAGACCCAACUACUAAGAUGCUACCUCUUUCAAGCCCUGUGGAGAUAAAAGAAGGGAUGGGGCGUCUCAGCAGGGCCUUGAUACUAGACAGGGGAAAGGGCAUGGGGAGGGCACUCCAGGCAGGAGGAACCAUGUGAACAAAGAUGUGGAGGAUGGAGAGCAUGUUGGACACCAGCUUCUGUGACGAGUAUGGAGUGAAUAGGGGGAAAGCGGGCGGAGUGGUUGACAUGGGCCCCUCUUAAGUGUCUAAAUGACCAGCUUGGGAAAAUUAGCUUCUUUCUUGAGGGUACUAGAGAAUCAUGGAAGGGUUCUUGAGGGUCAUGGUUAGGUUUGUACCUUAGGAAGAUCCCUCAGCUUCUCUGGAUGUAGAUCAGAGGGGGAGACAAAGGCUAGGUGCCCAGAGAAGGUUAGGGUGGGAAAAAGGCAGGAGGCAACAGGGCUGGCCAGGGCCAACGGAGGAGGUACAGGGGCAGGAAUGCUCAGGAGGUCAAGUGGACAGGCCAUAGGCCUCAUAGACUUGGGUGGGGGGUGGACAAGGCUAGGGAAAGGCCCCAAGGGAUGGUCAGCUGCCCUUGAGAUGGGGACCUCGGAAAAGAAUAGGUUUGACAGGUGAUGGUGAGGCUAGUUUGGAACAUGGGGGGUGUGAGGGACUAAAGACACCCAGGGGAAAGUAUCAGGAGAUUUCAGAACCCCCCAGGGCUGGGGCUCGGAGGCUAGACAGGAGUGGGAACCAAGGCCAGUUGAAGAAAGGAGGCCCAGAGAGGUUAAAUAAUUUGCCCAAGGUCGCACAGUAAGUGCAAAACUGGGAUUUGAACAAGGUUUUAGUUGGUCACUUUGUCCCAUGGGAGCUCAGAAACAUCUGCUGUCUAGCUCUUUCUCAGCUUCCUAGUCUUCUGCCUCCUCACCCUGGUCCUUGUCGACCUUGCUGCUAAAGGCAGCAGUUGGCUAGGGAGGCAAUCGUUUCUCCCCUUCUUGAGCGAGGUACUUGUUUUGAUUUCUACUUCCAAAUUCCUCUAGAAAAAUAAAUUAGACCUUGUUCAGUUGAUGACUUUAAAAGUAAAAAAGGUGCAUGCUAAAAAUUCAAAAGCUACAAAAGAAUAUACGGUGGAAUGUCAGUCUUUCUCCAGCACGCAGGCUAUGUCGACUGACUGCUCAGGUCUCCUUCCAGGCAAGUACCAGCAAUGCGUGUGUAUGUGUCAUUUUUCUUUCAUUCUAUAUAAGUGGUACCUCGUAUGGUAAGGUGGUUCCCAUUACAGACUCUGGAGGCGGAGUCCCUGGGUAGAAAUCCUAGCUCUGUCACUCCCAGUCAGGGUGUACAAUUUCGCCGCCCUGUGCUGGAGUUUGCCAGUCUGUGAAAUGAGAGGUUAACAGCACCUACCUCAUGGACUUGUUAGAGUAUUAAGCAGCUUAAUAUCUGUAAAGCUCUUAGGACAGUGUCCAGUAUUCAAUAAAAUGUUGGCUAAUCAUCAUUUCUGCACUUUGCUUUUUAUAAUACACAUAUAUGUGUAUAUAGUUUUAUAUACUUUUUCUAAUGUUAUUCUCAUUUCUCCACCUUGGUUUUUUCACCAACCCAGCGUAAUUCGUAGAUCAUUCCAGAGAUGCAGAAGUUGGUCCCAUAUCCUUUUUAAUGUCAGCAGUGCCUCCUCUAGGACACACAUCCCAUAAAUUAUUCCAGCAUCUCCUUAAUGGACAUGUGUGUGGUUGGCAGUCUCUGGCAUAAAGGAUGCUGCAGGGUACACGUUGUGCACCAAGGUCUCACAAAGGCACCUCCCCAAGAUGGGGUGGUAUUUCUGAGCAGGGAUGCCAUGAGAAGACCCCAUGUUCUUUGACUCUGUUCAGGAAUCUAGAAGGGCUCAGGUGCACAGCUGCUGAGUUUCUUCUCUCAGGAAAGGUCACUCCUCCCUGGCCCGUGGGGUGGGCUAGAGAUGGGGAGCCUAGAUAUCCAUUAUCUGUUCAUUUACAUAGAGCACCUGUUCUGUGCUGGAAAGUUGGGAACUAGAGCAACAAAAAGCCCUAGGUUCCUGUCAUCCCAGAGUCUGUGAUUCUGUGGGAAACAAAGACCCAGCCCUAGACAGUUAUGGCCUAGCAUGGUCAGGGGAGGGAGGGGCUGGUCGUAUAUCACAAAGACUCCAGGGAAGAAAAGUGGUCAGCCACUGACAAAGUAGAGGAAAGUUUCAGAAGGUGCUACAACAUGUGCAGUCUGGAGGAGAAAAAGCAUGCCUGAUCAAGUUGCUCCAUGUGACUAGGCUAUGAGCUACACAGGUAUACAGGGAGAAAAGAGAUGAGCUGUAUUGGGACGCCAACAGGUAUGAAAUUAUGCAGGAUUCUGGAAACAAACUGGAGGUUUCCCCGAGGUGCUGAGGAGUCAUGGGAGGUUGUAGAGCACUGGUUUCCAUAUGUGAUCCCCAGACCAUUAGUAUCAGCAUCAUCUGUGAGGGGAACCAAAGUUUACCAUGCCAAAAUAUCAUUUUGGGAUACUGAUUAUUUCAAGCUGGUUAGUUUUAGAAAGAAAAGAUAGAGGACCUGCUCCAGGAAAGGAGCUAUCUAUCACCACAGAUAGCUGUAGUUUAAUAUGAACCAGAUGGGAUAGACAGGGAGGAACCUCAAAAGGCUUACUUGAUCAAAGUCCUUUCUCUGUCCCAUUAUUAAACAUGGCCCAGCAAAUAUUUAUUUACCAAACAUUUGCUUUUCCAUCUCCAUGUGAAUUGUCUAUCUGUUCAAAUCCGAAACCACAACCCUGCCCCCCCCUUCUCAAUAAAAUGUUGGCUAAUCAUUAUCAUCAUUUCUGCACUUUGCUUUUUAUCAUAUAUUAUACAUAUGUAUAUAUAAUUUUACAUACUUUUUUCUAAUACUAUUCUCAUUUCUCCAUCUUGGGUUUUUCAGAACCCAGUGUAAUUCAUAGAUCACUUGGGAAACGGGCUUCCCUUUAUGUGUGUUAAUGCCAGGAACCUCAACUGCCCAAAGCCUCUUUGGGUCCCCUGUCUUAAGGCACCCCCACAUGUACAUCUGUAAUAAA